GCGGAAAAGGUAAGACAAAACCACGAUUGGGCUUCGCACGCUAGUCGCGAAGUGCGUACGUGCGGAGUGCCCCCCUAACACAUAAGUUUCGAAGGGCGUCUCAUUCUUCUGGCGCUCGCCGAGGGACGCGACACGAACGAAGAAACAAAGAAUUAUGAGCGCGAGUACUUCGAUUCUCAAAAAACCAAAACUAGAGCAACACAGCGGAGAAGAGGAGAACGGAGGAGAGCGAGAGGUAGGUACGAGCUUACAGGAACAAGAGGAGGCUUUGGUUGCCUUGAUCGAGCACCGCGCUCGCGAAGUUGAUCAUCUCAAAAGACGUAUCUCCUAUUAUCAAUCUCAGCUCCAGGAAACAGAAAAUAAGUUGCAUGAUUCAGAGUCUAGAUUGGCUCGCUUGCGUGCGCAGAGGAUUGCACCAUCAGCUAAAGCUUCACCGGGAAGUGGGACUAAAAGUGUGAAGGUGAUUGCCCCUAUCAAUAUCAAUGAAGGUUCUUCUAGGAGCCAACCACAGGCCAAAACUGAACUUCUAAUUCCUGCAAUAAAUCCAAAAACAUUUCAACCUAGAAUAUCAGGAGGGUUUGGUACAAAAGCUUCUGCUGUUUCCACUACUCAAUCAAGUCCUUCCAGGCAUACUAACACUGUUCCAAAAUUAAAAGGGGAAAAAAAUUGCAGAAGUUCCCCUGAAGCUGAAGUUGAAGCUAGGGGAACAAAAAGGAAGCUUGAACAGAAAGAACACAAGGAAUUGAUUCCCUUGAUUCGCAGUAGCUCUUCUCCUUCCACUAUUGACUGCUAUGCAAGCAAUAACAUCUCUAGUCAGCACAAGAGAAAGUUGAGAAGUCUUAUUUUAUGUCCAGUAAAUGAUCAGCUUUUUGCAACCAGUGCUCUGGAUGGAGUGGUGAACUUGUGGCAAAUCCAGUCGCGGGGAUCAAGUGCCUCUCUUCUUAGCGGUACCGAUUGCUUAUCUCCAAAGGAUAGGCGAUGGCCAGAAGAUUUAGCUUGGCACCCACUGGGAAACAGCUUAUUUUGUACUUACAGUGCUGAUGGUGGGGAUUCUCAGAUAUCAAUCCUAAAUCUGAAUAAAAUACAAGGGAGAGCUCGUAUUACUUACUUAGAGGAUAAGCCACAUGUCAAGGGCAUUAUUAAUAGCAUAUCGUUCAUGCCUUGGGAAAAUGCCUGUUUUGCAACUGGUGGUAGUGAUCAUGCAGUUGUAUUUUGGAAUGAGAAAGAUAAUGAGUACUUGUGGAAGCCAAAGACAUUGCACAGGAAUCUGCAUUCUUCUGCUGUUAUGGGAGUUGCUGGGUUGCAGCAAAAGCAUAUUGUAUUAUCAGCUGGUGCAGACAGGAGAAUUAUAGGGUUUGAUGUUCAAUCAGGGAGAGCAGACUUCAAGCAUCAGUUAGACAACAAGUGCAUGAGCGUUGUGCCAAAUCCAUGUGAUUUCAAUCUAUUCAUGGUUCAGACUGGCAUGUGCAGGAUUCCUGAGAAGCAGCUGCGACUGUUUGAUAUUAGACUUAGGCAGACAGAGCUUCAUUCUUUUGGGUUUAAGCAAGAAAGCAGCGACUCUCAGUCAGCUUUGAUCAAUCAGGCUUGGUCACCGGAUGGCUUGUAUCUCACAUCUGGUUCAGUAGACCCUAUGAUCCACGUCUUUGAUAUCAGGUACAAUUCUCACAAGCCAUCCCAAUCUGUAAGAGCUCAUAACAAACGUGUCUUUAAAGCAGUCUGGCAUUCUUCUCUCCCCCUCUUGAUUUCUAUAUCUUCUGAUCUGCUCAUUGGGUUGCACAAGAUCACGUAACAAUGUUUUCAGCUUGUUGGGACAUUAAGGCAAUUUCUUUACAUUGCUCAUGCUCAUUUUCAUUUUGGUGCUCGUUUUGAUUUGAGGUGAGACCUCUAUACUUGAGCCUGUUUAAGAAGAACAUCUAAGGUGCGAGUGAUUUUGGGUUGGUCUUGCAAAUUUUGCCAUUGCAAUGUAGGCAAAAGAUAUAGCAAUUUUGGAGAAUGAGCAAAUUGUUGCAGAUGAACAAGGGUGGUAGCUGUGGCCCUUCAUGUAUGUUGUAGUUUGCCACUCAUGGUUCCGAGUCAUUCGACCAACCCGGCAAUUGAGCUUUAGAUUAUAGUAGCAGUCAAUGUUUUGUACCCUGUUUCUAAUAUUUUUUCUUUUUUUUGGGUUCAUUGUUUAUUUAUUAUUUUUCUUUUUGGAUAGAAUAUAAUGUCAGGCUGAUCAAGUGUUUCUUCUUCUUCUUCUUUUUCUUCCCCUUGGGAUUCCGUUGAAUUCUGUAGAUGCAAAAACAAAAUUUAUUGGAUAUGGAGCUUGGGAUACAAUACAUGAGUAUUCCAGUACCUUGGUUUCCA